AUGGGAGCAAUUACCUUUAUAUUAUCUUUCCUUACUCUACUGCUAAUACUUCAAGAAGCGAAAACACAACAAUGUGAUUUAACCUACCCAGGAACGUCGUAUAACGUAAAUGAAAACACUGCAGAAGACACGAUAGUUGUUCAAGGUUCUAGUUUUACAGGUGGUGUAUAUCCAGCCUACGAGGCAAGAAUUGUGUCUGUCAGUCCUGGACCAGCGGAUCUAUUUUACGUCAAACCAGAUACUGGGGAGUUGUACAUUGGUUCAGAACCACUGGACUAUGAAGAAUCUCCGAUGCAUACUGUAAUUAUCGAAUGUUGGGACACAACAGAUCCUGCUACAAAAGACAGUGUAACUGUGACAGUUAAUGUGGUGAACGCUAACGAUCCUCCGGUGUUCACAAACCUGCCAGGUACAGGGUCAGUUAACGAGGACGCUGGUUCAUCUGCCUCAGUGUUUCAAGUAAAUGUACAAGACCAAGAUACUUCUAACACUAUCACUUACGCCAUUCUUAAUCAAAAUCCCGGAGGAACGUUGAAAUUCACCAUCGACUCAUCGGGUUUGGUGAAAGUAAUCAGUGCAAACUCCCUGCAAGCUGAUCCACCGAGUGCUGUGACUUUGUACACGUUACUCAUUAGGGCAAGUGAUGGCUCAACUUUUAUAUCCGACGUGCUGACCAUCAACGUUUUAGGGACCUUUGACGAAAGUCCUUCGUUUGCAAGAUCGUCAUAUACUGGAAGUGUUGACGAGGAUGGAACGGCCAUUACAUGGAUCAACCCACCGGCAGUAGAACCAAAAGAUGAUUUUAACGAUGCAGACGCCGGGGAUUCGUAUACAUAUUCUAUCAGUGGUAAAUAUAUGGGCGCCGGUGCGAGUAAGUUUAGGGUUGGUGAAUCAACUGGAAUUAUAACUGCAAGUGAUGACAUGGAUAUUGACGCCGGUAGCCAGCAAAUUUACACCUUCACACUUACUGCGACUGAUCGAGGUGACAACCAAGGAUCAACGCUUAUAACUAUUCAAGUGAACCCAGUAAAUGAACACGCACCAGUUUUCAACCCCACUGUGUACCAUGAGAGUAUAUACGAAAAUGGAGUAUCCGGAGCAACAGUGGCAACAUUGGGUGUUACCGACGCAGAUACUGGCGAUACAAUGACAAUAACAAUCACAAGCGGUGACGAUGCAAUCAACAAAUUUGCCAUUAGCGGAAAUGACGUAAUUACUAAUGGUGUUCUGGAUUAUGAAGCAUUAAUUAGCGAUUUGUACGUGUUAAAUAUACAAGCAGAGGAUUCUGGGGGGAAAACCAGCGAUGCCAUGGUGUUCAUACAGAUCAAAGGUGUGAACGAAUACACCCCAUCGUUCACAGACGCUCCUUACGAUCCUUUCAGUGUUUUGGAAAACGUUGCUAUAGAAACUACUGUCGUGCCGGCGCCUGCGGUCGAUGACGCUGACAGAGGAACAGACGGUGAACUGGUAUACCAGGUGAUCUCAUCUUCCCCACCCAGCGGAUUAGAUAAGUUCUCUGUAGAUGUGCGAGAUGGUGCCAUUACUACCAAGGCAAGUCUGAAUUACGAAGACCAAGAUACAUACACUUUGAGGAUCAAAGUUAGCGACACUGGCAUUCCCGUGAAAACAGCGACAACAGAUAUAGUAAUUAAUAUCGUUAAUGUCAAUGACAAUCCCCCAACACUCGACCAAACGGUGUAUUACGCCACAGUAUUGGAGUCGGAUACAGCUGGUACUGUCCUGGUUAACUUCGUCGUUACAGACCCAGACGAUCCUGACACAGCUGCAUUUAACUUUGCUAUUGAGUCUUCAUCCGAUACUAGUGCCACUCCCCCACCACGUACAACACGGUUUACCUUUGAUGUCCCGGACAAAGCGUUGACUUUAACAGAUCCAAUCCAUCUCGAUCCCGAUGACAGUGCCCAGUAUGACGACACGUACACACUUAUUGUCGAGAUAAGCGACGCAUCACAGACUGCCACAGCUACAGUCUUUGUAAAUGUAGAGCCAGUGAAUGAUUAUGACCCCGUAUUUAAUGCAGCCAGUGUACCUGCAUCACCAACGAUAGCAGAAGCUGAGCCAUUCGGUACAUCAGUAUUUACUUUGGGGGCGGCCGAUGGGGAUUUCGGUUCCCAAGGAGAAUUAACAUACAGUAUCAUAGAUGGCGACACCUACAACAAUUUCCAAAUCGAUUCUAGCACGGGGGAAGUGUCUGUGAAGACGCCAUUGGACUACGAACUUGUGACUUCGGUUACAUUGACUUUACAUGUCACCGAUAAUGACGUGGACAAUCCACGCACAGCAACGUCCCUUGUGACAGUUGACGUAACUGAUGUGGUUGGCGACGCGCAAAUCACGUGCGUUGAUUCAAGAACGAUUGUGUUGAAUCUUCCAGAAGAAGAUGUUGAAACGAGUGAUUCGAUACACCUCUAUGACUGCAGUGACCCGGAUGGCAGAACUGUGCAGUAUUUAUUAAGUCCAGCAGGUGGAUAUGGAAAAUUCAGUUUAAAUUCUGCCACAGGGGAGGUAACAGUGUUAGCUGGCAUUGACUGGGACGUCCCAGAUGAUACACAUUAUCCUCUUGAAAUCACUGUGAAGGAAAAUCCAGUGGUAGAUGCAGACGACAUAGUUAUUCUAACUCUAACAGUGAACAUUUUGCCGACUAACGAGUUUAAUCCAGUGUUUCUCCCGGCAUUCACCGGAGCUGUAGAUGUGUACGAGGAUGCAUUAGUUGACUCCCUGGUGAUUGGUAUUGGUGCUAACACACAAGACAGCGAUCUAUCCCCGCACGACAUCGUAGAAUACAGAAUAACGUCAGUGACACCCUCUAGCGGAACCAAUUCGUUUUCCCUGGACCCAGUGACUGGAGAACUACGAUUGGCAAAACAGUUGGAUAGAGAAGAAGAAGCUACUUACGAUAUUGUUAUUGAAAUCGAAGACGGUGGCGGAGUUGUAGAGACAGACACACUCACUGUAACAGUGCUUGAUAUCAAUGAUAAUACGCCAGUGUGUCUACAAACAGCAUACAGUGUACAAGUGUUAGAGAAUACAACUCCUUUCACUGCAGUAACCGACCUUGAUUUGACGUGCACCGACCCCGAUGAUGGGACAAAUGGCGAUCUAAUCUACUCAGUCAAUCAACCAAAUCCCGCAACGGGUCCAGAUUUUGAACACGCUAAUGGUGUCGGAGUCCGUUUAUUGGGAGGCAGUACUUUGGAUUAUGAUAACACACCAAACCACCAGUACAACAUUGAACUUGUCGUAACUGACCAAGGAACGCCACUUCCGAAAAGUACAACUGUUUAUAUCACUGUCACAAUCCUCCCAGAAAAUGAAUUCAUCCCAGUUGCUCCUGUUGCUGGUUCAUGUGAUUCAAGUAUCGACGAGGAGUCUGCCGUAGGAACUUUAAUUGUUAGUUGCCCUGUGACUGAUGCCGAUUCUGUUGACACUGCCGAUGGUCAGGUGGUGUAUUCAAUCACUGCAGGGGACACUGACGAUCUAUUCUACGUUGACAGUAGUGGCAACAUCAGAGUGGCAAAUCUUAUAGAUUAUGAAUCUCUAGCAGGAGCACCUCCGUCUUACACACUCACCAUACAAGCUGAAAAUAGCGCAGGCCCCGCUCUCACGUACGAUGUUGUUAUAACUAUCGAUGAUAUAAACGACCAUGUCCCGGCAUGUACGUCUAUGUCAUUUGUGGAAAACGUGGACGAAGAUGAAACGGUACCCUAUGUUAUUAUCCCAUUUGGUACAAUUUGUAGCGAUGACGAUACCUCUGAUACUCUGACAUACACUAUAGUUCCAGCCAUGAAUCCACCCUUCGAAGUGACUGCGACAGGGGAUUUUAAAUUGAAUACUGCACAAGAUUAUGACCUUGGUACACGAUCCUACAGUAUGGAGAUUUCUGUCAAAGAUACAGCACUACAUGAAAUCUUGUUAGAUGUAAUAGUGAAUAUUCUCCCAGUCAAUGAGCCAGGAAACGAUCCAGCCUUCAGCCCCACUACGUAUAGCCCAGCUGUGGAUGAAGAUAUUCCUAUAUAUUCGACUAUUGUAACUGUGACAGCCAAUGAUGGGGAUUCGGCAGACACUCCACACGGUGUUGUCCACUACAGUAUAGCCGCUGCGUGUACAUGUCCACAGUUCGGUGUCAAUACAAAUGGUGAUGUAAUCCUACUUCAAAACCUGGACUAUGAGACAGAUACAGGCCACACCAUCACAGUAGAAGCUACGGACUCUAGUGGUAUUCCAGUUGCGGUUACUGUAACGUUAACAGUCAAUGAUGUGAAUGAUAACCCACCAAUAUUCAGUCCAACAAUUUACAGUGUGAUUGUGCCAGAAGAUCUAAAUAAUCUUCCAAUCGAAACAGUGAUUGCCUCAGAUAAUGACGACCCAGCGGAUAAUGGACUUAUUCAAUAUGUUAUCACUGGUGGUAAUCCAGAUCCCACCUCGAUUUUUACUAUUGAUGCAAGUACUGGUGCGAUAACGAACACUGUGGCUUUAGAUUAUGAUGAUAUAUCACAGCAAAUAUUCCAAAUCAAUGUUGAAGCAAGGGAUCUAAAUGGUGGCGUGGGUUAUAGAUCUGCUACUGCAAUGGUUACAGUGCAUGUUGAAGGACGUAAUACAGAAACCCCAAUAUUCGAUAGUACACCAUACACAACAUCACAGCAAGAAAAUAUCCCUGUUGGUCAAUUUGUGUUUCAAGUAUCUGCUAGUGAUGCCGAUUUGGGUCCAGAUGGCGAAAUCUACUUUGCAAUGACUGGUCCAACUCCCUUUCAAAUAGAAGAAGACACGGGAAUCAUUACUCUGAAAUCACCACUUGACCGUGAAACUACUGAUACGUUUGAAUUGAGUGUUAUUGCAACAGAUAGAGGAAUUACCCCAUCGUCAAAUGCUGCAACCGCAACUGUGACAAUAACAGUUACCGACUAUAAUGACAAUGAACCUGUCUGCACUUUCUCUAGUGUUGUGGAAACAAGAGCAGAAGACACUGCUGUUGGGAAUGUCAUCUAUGAUUUGGGAGCACAAUGUGCAGAUACCUCCGACUUAGGCACCAAUGCAAUUAUUGAGUAUUCAAUUGCAAAUGUUGACGGUGAUCCAAGCAGCAAAAAUGAGUACACCCCAAGAUUUAUGACCAAUCCGAUUAUAGAAGUUGUGUUAGAGGAUCUACCAAUAGGAUCAACAGUCUUGCAACUGGGUGCGAUAGAUAAUGAUGCAGGGAAUGAUGGUGAACUUACAUACAUCAUCCUGGAAGGAAAUUCUGAAGAGAAGUUUGAUAUAGUUAGUGACACUGGUGUUAUUUACCUACUGCGACAACUUGAUUGGGAAACUACAGAUCAGUAUCAACUAAUCGUUCAGGCAUCAGAUGGAGGAACACCACCAAAAACAACUACUGGAACAGUAGAUAUAUAUAUUCUCGAUACAAAUGAUAAUGUACCAUACUGCGAUCCAAUCGGUUACAAUGCAGUUGUACCAGAAGAUACUUCUAUUGAUUCAUAUAUCAUAACCCCAAAUUGUAUGGACGAUGACUUUGGCAGUAAUUUUACCUAUACAAUCGUCAGUGGUAAUGACGACACACGAUUCAGAAUUGACGAAAGUAGUGGGAACCUUUACUUAAACCGCAUGUUGGAUGCAGAGACAGAAAAUGUUUAUGUUCUAACAGUAAAAAUAUCUGAUGGGCUAAGCGAAGGAACAGCAGUUAUCACAGUUUCUGUUCAGGGGGUGAACGAAUACCCACCAGUUUAUGACCCAUAUUCUGUAUACUAUGCAAAUGUCGCUGAAGACGCUGGCAGUGGAGUACUAGUAACUACAGUUGUCACAAAUGAUUUAGAUGCGUUGGAUGAUGGGAAGGUUACAUAUCAGAUUACUGAUGGGAACAUAAAUGAUGUCUUUCAAAUUAAUGAAGAGGAUGGUUCUAUCACAGUAAAGAGAGCGUUGGAUCGUGAAACAAUUAACGAAUACACCCUGGAAAUAACUGCUACUGAUCUUGCUGCACCUGGACAAGAGCUGACAGCACUUGCAUCAGUUGUAGUUACAAUUAAUGACAGAAAUGAUCAACCACCACUUUUCCAGCCAGUAUUUUACACAGGAACAAUUUUGGAAGAUGCUGCAAUCGCUGAAUUAGUGGCGACAAUGACAGUAGUAGACUAUGAUCUGGGCUCACCAAAUACUGACUACAAAAUUAGUAUAAAGUCUGGAGAUGUUCUAAAAAAAUUUGACAUUAGUGGAGAUGAACUUGUUGUAAAUGGUGUCUUAGAUUAUGAAACAACGAAAUCGUAUUUUAUUACCAUUGAAGUGGAAGAUCUUGGAACACCAGCGCUUACAUCAACUGGACACAUUGCCGUUACAGUGCUGCCUGUAAAUGAAGCAGUUCCUGAAUUCCAAUUUAUAGGCACUGCUAAACUCUAUGAAAGUGGUAUUGACGAAAAUGCUGUGGGGUAUACAAGUGUGCUUACUGUUAAUGCCGUAGAACUAGAUCCCACGGACGAUCCUGAUCACGUGCACAGCCAGAUACGAUACUAUAUUACCGGGGGAAAUGAUGACGGGAUAUUUACUAUUGACACUAGAUCUGGAGUUAUAUCUACAGCAGGAAUUAUAGACAGAGAAGAAAAAGAUUUUUAUACCUUAGAAGUGACUGCAGUAGAUAGUAUUCCUGAGUUUGGCGAUGAGCUGAUUGACACUGCUGUGGUAAAUAUCACUGUCCGAGAUGUUAAUGACAAUGCGCCACUGUUUGAUCCAACUUUGUACUCUAUUUCAGUAUAUGAAACUGCUGAUAUUGCCUCCACUCUAAUGUCUUUGUUUGCAACUGAUGCUGACAUUGGUACCAAUAAGGACAUAGACUAUGAUAUUGUGUAUGGCAAUACUGGUUCUGACUUUGAUUUUAUUAGCAAUGAAUUACUAACAGUCCACACACUUGCGUGGCAUAGAACACAAUUUUAUAGGUUGGUUAUUCGCGCUAAAGAUAGAGGAACUCCAUCAAAAUCAGGAUAUGCAAGGGUCACCAUAGAAGUAAAACCAAUAAAUAACCAAUCUCCAAUAUUUCCAGCAGACACGGACACUGUGUCUUUACCUGAAGAUACGCUAGUUGGAACACCAAUCUACACUGCUGUGGCAAGUGAUGCUGACUAUGGCUUCCAUGGUGAAGUUGAAUAUUAUAUAACAGAUGGCCUGGACGGCGAUGAUGGAACGUUCCACGUGAAUAGACAGACAGGGUUGGUGACACUUGGUGCUAAUCUCGACCGGGAGUAUCAAGAUCAGUAUAUAAUUAACAUCACAGCCUUUGAUAAGGCAGAGAAUGAAACAUUAGUCAAGAGAGACUCCUUUUUACUGACAAUUGAUAUUACAGAUGUUAAUGACAAUGAUCCUAUUUGUGUUGUACCAAUUGACUUAAUUUACAUGGAAGAAAACCAAGAUCCAGAUAUUGUAAUUACUACAGUUCGUGCUACAGAUGCAGAUAUUGACGAAAACGCGGAAUUAUCGUACACUGUAAUAUCUGGUGUUAAUGAAUUUGACUUUGAACUCCAAGCAGGAACACAUGACAUUUAUGCAAUAGAGAAUUUAGACAGGGAGAAGCAUGACAUAUAUAGUCUAAAUAUUAAAGUAUCAGACAAUGGUGUUCCCCCACGUACAGCUUUAUGUGCAAUUGAGAUACAUCUGAUUGACCAGAAUGACAAUGAUCCGCUUAUUACACCAAAUAAUGUGAAACUUUCAAUCUAUGAGAACAGUCCCCAGCAUACAAGCCUCUUCACAUUUGAAGCAACCGAUCCCGAUGAAGAUUUGAAUGGAGAAGUGUUCUUCACCAUUAUUGGAGGGGAUGAUCAUGGCCAUUUUAGCAUUGGUGAAAUUAGUGGUGAACUUGAAACUACAGCUGUACUGGAUAGGGAAGAAAUAUCUUCUUACGCCUUGCAGAUCAGAGCAUCUGAUAAAGGUGACCCGGCAAGAAUGGGAAAUGCACUGGUUAAUAUUACAGUCAUUGACGAAAACGAUAAUGGUCCAAUUUGCAAGAAAUCACAGUCUUAUACAAAAACUGUCAGGGAAGAUAUGGCAAUAGGCAUGCCGGCAAUGGUUAUACGAAGCUAUGACAAGGAUGAAUAUAAAUAUAAAAAUACGGAAAGAACAUAUAGAAUAAUGAGUGGAAAUGAUGGAACCUGGGCUAUUGAUCCAGAGAAGGGAAGCAUAUAUCUGUUGGGAGAGUUGAACAGACAGACAGCCCCAGGAUAUUCGUUUGUUGUUCGUAUAGAGGAUGAUAAAGACCCAACCAUGUAUGACGAGUGUACAGCCAGUAUCAAUGUUAUCGAAGCGCGAGAUGGGAUAUCCGUAGUCGAUGCUGAUGUAGUACUAACAGUUCAGGAGAAUGUUGACUUGGGUACAAUUAUUGGAAAUGUCGGGUGUUUUGAUGCCGAUAUCUGUGGUGGUGAUAUGAUGUAUGAUAUAAUCGGGGGUGCAAAUAUGGAGGAUUUUUAUUUAAACAUAGACACAGGUACACUGCUAGUAGCAGGAGAAAUAGACUAUGAAGAAGUACAACAGUAUGCCUUGUUAGUUCGAUCAAUACAAAAUGGUUAUGAAGAGGCCUAUGGUGUUGUAGCUAUUAAUGUAAUUGAUAUGAACGAUCACGCUCCAAUUUUUCUGACCACCUCACCAUACGCGAGUGGUGUCCGAGAGGAUAGUCCAUUGCAAAGUACAGUUAUACAUGUUUCUGCUACUGACGAAGAUGCCGGUGAAGACAGUAUAGUUACAUACUCCUUGUCUACAGCACUUGAUGACAAUGGACCAAUAGCAAAUACGUAUUUCUCAAUCAAUUCCGAUUCUGGUGUUAUUACUAUAAAAGACGAACUGGAUAGUGAACUUUACAGAGAGAUAUCUCUAGUAGUCUUGGCGACUGAUUCUGGUUCCCCUGCUGAAACAGCUUCAGCGACAGUGACAAUAACUAUUGUCGAUGUUAACGAUAAUCCACCAGUAUUCAACCCAGAUUUUUACAGUGGAGAAAUGUCAUACACGAACUUGCUUGGUGAGCCAGUAAUUAAUCUUUUUGCAACAGAUGCCGAUCAAGAUUCAAUAGUCCAAUACAGCAUCCAAGAUUCAUCCGGUGCUUUCACAGUUAACCCAGGUAGUGGUGCUGUGAGCUUGUCUACUGGUGUUAGACCUACUGUAUAUACUAAAUACCCAUUUACUGUUACUGGGACUGAUACAGGAAAUCCACCGCAAACGUCAGAAGUUAUCAAUGCAAGAAUUGACACGUUCGAUCCAUACAUGAACCUGGUUGCUAUUCAUGUGACAGGACGCACUAAACAAGACAUUCUAGAUGAUGAAGAAAAUUUCCUAGAAUCAUUGAACACACUCAUUCGAGCAGAAUAUCCAACUGGUAGAUGUGGAAUAUCUCAUGUGUUAACAGUUGGAGACGUGGUUACAGUGUCAGCUAAACGACGACUACUGCAGUCAUCAAGUGUAAUAGUGUAUGUAUACGGAGUUGCCGAUGACACUGCAGAUGUUGAAUCUGGAUUAGCGAACACAAAGAACUUCAUUUCCCAGGAAUAUUUGUACUCUACAUUUGCUGGAGAUGACUUGGGAACUCCUUCGUCUGCAUUAACAGAUGUAUCGGACUAUCCAAUGACUCUUGUUGAGAAGGUGACUGAGCCAACAGAUUCUUGGUGGACCUCAGCAGCAGGCAUAGCUACCAUUGUCAUGUGUUCUUUGCUUGGUUUGGUGGCUCUGGCAGCCAUAUGUACACUAAUUUAUUGCUGCUGUUGUGGUGCAUUGGCUGGCGCAUGCGCCGGUGAUGGUAAAGGAUGCUGCGUUGGUUGCUGGCGAAGGUUCGUCCAGGCUGUGAAGGACUGCUGUAGGAGCAAACCGAGGCCACCUCCUCCAGAAGAGCCAAAAGGACCAAGGCAUAACUGGGGAGCACAUGUUUAUGAAGGGUAUCACAGAGAUGAAAUACCAAUAAAGAAAAAAGGAAAGGCGGAGGAAUCGGUGUUAUCCCUUCCACAGACAAAGAGUAGCGAUGCAGCCGGGAGAUUUAAAAGCCUAGCUGGGAAGGCCAGAGGAGGCGGUGUCGAUGAUGAUAUCGCGAAAAUAAAAGAGCAGCACGAAGCAGACAAGAGACAGUUUAAUAAAGUCCAGGGAGUGAACAAAGCAAGGGCUGAACAAGAUUUACAAGACAAACUUGCCGAGCGUAGAAAUCGUCGUUUCGAAUGUGUCUUAACCUAUCCAGGAACGUCGUAUAGCAUAAAUGAAAACACUGCAAAAGACACGAUAGUUGUUCAGGGUUCUAGUUUUACAGGUGGUGUAUAUCCAGCCUACGAGGCAAGAAUUGUGUCUGUCAGUCCUGGACCAGUGGAUCUAUUUUACGUCAAACCAGAUACUGGGGAGUUGUACAUUGGUUCAGAACCACUGGACUAUGAAGAAUCUCCAAUGCAUACUGUAAUUAUCGAAUGUUGGGACACAACAGAUCCUGCUACAAAAGACAGUGUUACCGUGACAGUUAAUGUGGUGAACGCUAAUGACCCCCCGGAGUUCACAAACCUGCCAGGUACAGGGUCAGUUAACGAGGACGCUGGUUCAUCUGCCUCAGUGUUUCAAGUAAAUGUACAAGACCAAGAUACUUCUAACACUAUCACUUACGCCAUUAUUAAUCAAAAUCCCGGGGGAACGUUGAAAUUUACCAUCGACUCAUCGGGUUUGGUGAAAGUAAUCAGUGCGAACUCCCUGCAAGCUGACCCACCGAGUGCUGUGACUUUGUACACGUUACUCAUUAGGGCAAGUGAUGGCUCAACUUUUAUAUCCGACGUGCUGACCAUCAACGUUUUAGGGACCUUUGACGAAAGUCCUUCGUUUGCAAGAUCUUCAUAUACUGGAAGUGUUGACGAGGAUGGAACGGCCAUUUCAUGGAUCAACCCACCAAGUAUAGAACCAAAAGAUGAUUUAAGCGAUGCAGACGGUGCCGGGGAUUCGUACACAUAUUCUAUCAGUGGCGCCGGUGCGAGCAAGUUUAGGGUUGGUGAAUCAACUGGAAUUAUAACUGCAAGUGAUGACAUGGAUAUUGACGCCGGUAGCCAACAAACUUACACCUUCUCACUUACUGCGACUGAUCGAGGGGACAACCAAGGAUCUACGCUUAUAACUAUUCAAGUGAACCCAGUAAAUGAGCACGCACCAGUUUUCAACCCCACUGUGUACCAUAAGAGUAUAUACGAAAAUGGAGUAUCCGGAGCAACAGUGGCGACAUUGGGUGUUACCGACGCAGAUACUGGCGAUACAAUGACGAUAAUAAUUACCAGCGGUGACGAUGUCAUCAACAAAUUUGACAUUAGCGGAAAUGACGUGAUUACUAAUGGUGUUCUGGAUUAUGAAGCAUUAGUCAAUGAUUUGUACAUAUUGAAUGUACGCGCAGAGGAUUCUGGGGGCAAAACCAGCGAUGCCAUGGUUUUUAUACAGGUGAAAGGUGUGAACGAAUACACUCCAUCAUUCUCAGAUGCUCCGUACGAUCCUUUCUCAGUUUUAGAAGACGUUGCUAUAGAAACCACUGUCGUGCCAGCACCUGUGGUCGACGAUGCCGACAGGGGACCAGACGGCGAACUUAUAUAUAACAUUGUUUCAAUUAACCCACCCAGCGGAUUAGAUAAGUUCUCUGUAGAUGUGCGAGAUGGUGCCAUUACCACCAAAGCAAGUCUGAAUUACGAAGACCAAGACACAUACACUUUGAGGAUCAAAGUUAGCGACACUGGCAUUCCCGUGAAAACAGCGACAACGGAUAUAGUAAUUAAUGUCGUUAAUGUCAAUGACAAUCCCCCAACACUGGACCAAACGGUGUACUACGCCACAGUAUUGGAGUCUGAUACAGCUGGUACAGUCCUGGUUAACUUCGUUGUUUCAGAUCCCGAUGAUCCCGGCAAUGCUGCUUUUGACUUUAUGAUCGACCCUGCUUCUGAUAACAGUGCCGUCGCACCACUUACAACACGAUUUACCUUUGAUGUUCCCGACAAAGCACUGACGUUAACAGACCCAAUCCACCUCGAUCCUGGCGAUGUCGCACAGUAUGAUGAUGCAUAUAUCCUCCUUGUUGAGAUCAGUGACGGAUCGCAAACCGCCACAGCUACAGUGUAUGUCAAUGUUGAACCGGUGAAUGACUACGACCCAGUAUUCGCUACUGACACUGAUCCCCCGGGGCCAAUAUCGAUAAACGAAGGGGAACCUUUUGGGACACCCGUGUUCAAAUUGGAGGCAACCGAUGGUGAUUUUGGCUACCAAGGAGAACUAACAUACAGUAUCAUAGACGGCGACACAUAUAACAAUUUUCUAAUCGAUUCAUCCACCGGAGAAGUAUCUGUGAAAACGCCAUUGGUUUACGAACUGGGUGAUUCAGUGACAUUAACGUUACAUGUCAGCGAUAAUGAUGUGGACAAUCCACGCACAGCAACAGCCAUUGUUACAGUUGGUGUGAAUGAUGUCACUGGCGAUGGGCAAAUCACGUGCGUUGAUUCAAUGACAAUUGUGGUGAAUCUUCCAGAAGAAGAUGUUGAAACGAAUGAUCUGAUACAUGACUACGAUUGCAGUGAUCCAGAUGGCACAACUGUAAUUUACACUUUGAAUCCUGCUGAUGGCUUUGGCAAGUUCGAAAUUGACGCUGCUUCUGGUGAAGUAACUGUUAAGGCUGGCAUUGACUGGGACAACGCUGAUGAUACACAUUAUCCUCUUGAAAUCACUGUUAAGGAAAAUCCAGUGGUAGAUGCGAACGACGUAGUUAUUCUAACUUUAACAGUGAACAUUUUGCCGACCAACGAGUUUAAUCCAGUGUUUCUCCCGGCAUUCACCGGAGCUGUAGAUGUGUCUGAGGAUGAAUUAGUUGACUACCUGGUGAUUGAUAUUGGUGCUAACACACAAGACAAUGAUCUAUCCCCACACGACAUCGUGGAAUACAGAAUAUCAUCAGUGACACCCUCUAGUGGAACGAACUCAUUUUCCCUGGACCCAGUGACUGGAGAACUACGAUUGACAAAACAGUUGGAUAGAGAAGAAGAAGCUUCUUAUGAUAUUGUUAUUGAAAUCGAGGAUGGUGGCGGAGUUGUAGAGACAGACACACUCACAGUAACAGUGCUUGAUAUCAAUGAUAAUACGCCAGUUUGUCUACAAACAGCAUACAGUGUACAGGUGUUAGAGAAUACAACUCCUUUCACUGCAGUAACCGACCUUGAUUUGACGUGCACCGACCCCGAUGAUGGAACAAAUGGCGAUCUAAUCUACUCAGUUAAUCAACCUAAUCCGGCAACGGGUCCAGAUUUUGAGUAUGCCCCUGCUGUCGGCGUCAGACUAUUGGGAGGCAGUACUUUGGAUUACGAUAACACACCAAACCACCAGUACAACGUUGAACUGGUUGUAACUGACCAAGGAACGCCACUUCCGAAAAGUACAACUGUUUAUAUCACUGUCACAAUUCUCCCAGAGAAUGAAUUCGCUCCAGUUUCUCCUGCUCCUGGUUCGUGUGAUUCAAGUAUCGAUGAGGAGUCCUCAAUAGGGUCUGUUGUUGUCAGUUGCCCGGCAACCGAUGCUGAUUCUGUCGACACUGCUGAUGGUCUGAUGGUAUAUUCAAUUACAGACGGAGAUACUGACGAUCUAUUUUAUAUAGACGGCAGUGGUACCAUCAGAGUAGCGAAUCCCAUAGAUUAUGAAUCUCUGACAGGGAACCCUCCCUCUUACACACUCACCAUAACAGCUGUUAAUAGUGCUACCACGCUUUCAUACAAUGCCGUGAUAACCAUUAAUGAUGUAAACGACCAUUUCCCAGCAUGCACUUCUAUGUCAUUUGUGGUAAACGUGAAUGAAGAUGAAGGGGUACCUUACACGAUCAUCGAGCUCAGUUCAAUUUGUAAUGAUGAAGAUCCGUCUGAUGUAACGUUGUUUUACAGCAUUGAUCCGUCCAUGAACCCUCCUUUUGAAGUAACUGCGACAGGGGACUUCAAAUUAAAUACUGCUCAAGACUACGACCUUGGUACUCGAUCUUACAAUUUGGACAUUCACGUUUCGGACACAAUAAAUGAAAUCAUUUUAGCAGUAACAGUUAACAUCCUUCCUGUUAAUGACAAUAAUCCUUUAUUUAACCAACCUACAUACACUACGGACGUGGAUGAAGAUAUUCCUAUAUAUUCGACUAUUGUAACUGUGACAGCCAAUGAUGGUGAUUCGGCAGACACUCCACAUGGUGUUGUCCACUACAGUAUAGCCGCUGCGUGUGCAUGUCCACAGUUUGGUAUCAAUACAAAUGGAGAUGUAAUCCUACUUCAAAACCUGGACUAUGAGACAGAUACUGGCCACACCAUCACAGUAGAAGCUACAGACUCUAGUGGAACUACAGUUCCAGUGACUGUAACUUUGAAUGUUAACGAUGUGAAUGACAAUCCACCAAUAUUUAGUCCAACGAUUUACAGUGUGAUUGUCCCAGAAGAUAUGAAUAACCUUCCAAUCGAAACAGUGAUAGCCUCAGAUAAUGAUGACCCUGUAGAUAAUGGACUUAUUCAAUAUGUUAUCACUGGUGGCAAUCCAGAUCCCACUUCGAUUUUUACUAUUGAUCCAAGUACUGGUGCGAUAACGAACACUGUGGCUUUAGAUUACGAUGACGUAUCACAGCAAAUAUUCCAAAUCAAUGUUGAAGCAAGGGAUCUAAAUGGUGGUGUGGGUUAUAGAUCUGCUACUGCAAUGGUUACAGUGCAUGUUGAAGGACGUAAUACAGAAACCCCAAUAUUCGAUGAUACACCAUACACAACAUCACAGCAAGAAAAUAUCCCUGUUGGUCAAUUUGUGUUUCAAGUAUCUGCUAGUGAUGCCGAUUUUGGUCCAGAUGGCGAAAUUUACUUUGCCCUGACUGGUUCAACUUCCUUUCAAAUAGAAGAAGACACGGGAAUCAUUACUCUGAAAUCACCACUUGACCGUGAAACUAUUGAUACGUGUAAAUUAAGUGUUAUUGCAACAGAUAGAGGAACUACCCCAUCAUCAAAUGCUGCAACCGCAACUGUGACAAUAACAGUUACCGACUAUAAUGACAAUGAACCUGUCUGCACUUUCUCUAGUGUUGUGGAAACAAGAGCAGAAGACACUGCUGUUGGGAAUGUCAUCUAUGAUUUGGGAGCACAAUGUGCAGAUACCUCCGAUUUAGGCGCCAAUGCAAUUAUUGAGUAUUCAAUUGCAAAUGUUGAUGGUGAUCCAAGCAGUAAUUUAUUUGAUGUUGAUUUAAAAAACCACGCAAUUCAAAUUCAUGUCAGUGAUGUUGGUCCUCCGUCACUGACAACAAUUGUUAUGGUGAACGUUCUGGUGACUGGAAUUAAUGAGUACACGCCAACGUUCACACCUGGUGGUGCCCAGUUCAUAUCUAUCCCGGAAGACACAAGUUUAAACACGGUGGUAUUUGAUGCAGAUGCUGCUGAUAGUGAUAAUGGUGAAAGCUUGGUUUAUUCACUAACCGGAAGUACCAAGUUUGAUAUAAACCCAACAAAUGGUGAGAUAUAUUUAGUAUCCAGUAUCAUCCCUACUGAUGUGUUUACAUUGACAAUCACUGCAACAGAUGAUGGAGCAGUUCCAGGCACUGACUCGAGCACACAGUCAUUGACCAUAACGGUGGAUGAGGUGAACAAUAAUCCACCCUCGUUCGACAGCUUGAAUUAUUUUGGAUCUGUAUUUGAAAAUGAUGAUGGUACUUCGCCUGUAGUAACGAUGGCAGUGACAGACGUAGAUGGUGACAACGUAGGAUUGAGUAUCAUAUCAGGAAACACAGGUUCGGUGUUCUCUGUUGACCAGAGUGGGAAUAUUUAUGUAAUAGACAGUACAAACCUAGAUGCAGAGACUUCAGCAAUUUACACAUUGACAAUUAGAGCUACGGAUGAUGGUACACCAAGUCGUGCAAGUGAUACAACUGUGAAUAUUCUCGUGAAGGGAGUCAAUGAACAUGCUCCUGUAUUUCCACUGCCUUCAUACUCAGAAAGUGUUUAUGAGACUGAUCUUGCAGGGACACUAGUAUUACAAGUCAUUGCAAGUGACAGUGAUGGCGGCGUUGACGGUGACAUCACAUAUUCCAUUGUUUCUGGUGAUGAGGGUAAAUUUGGUAUUGAUGCAAGCUCAGGUGAAAUUGUCGUUUUAGGUGCACUCGAUUGUGAAAUAAAAGCUACUUACAAUCUGGUUGUUAAUGCUGUUGAUAACGGCGCUACAUCUUUAACAGGUGCAACUACAGUUACUAUUACAGUAAUUUGUGUGAAUGACGAGGGACCCUCAUGCAAUCCUGACUUCUAUUCUUGGACAAUUUCGGAAAACACAGUGGUGUCAACUACUGUCGGCAGUAUUGUAUGUAAUGAUGAUGGAGGCAGUUUCAUGUACACAAUUGUUAAUGGCAAUUCUCCUCCAACAUUUGCAAUACCAGUAGACAAUGUACCAGAAAUCGUAUUAAAGUAUGAAGUAGAUUUCGAAACAGUUGAAAGCUUCCAACUUAUAGUGAAAGUUAUUGAUGACGCUACUCCACCAGGUUCAUCAACAGUGACUGUUGUUGUGGAUAUUACAGGGGAGAAUGAGUACACACCACGAUUUUUGACCAAUCCUAUCGUGGCAACUCUGUCUGAAGAUCUUUCGAUAGGAGCUACAGCUGUACAACUUAAUGCAACAGAUUAUGAUUCAGGAAAUGAUGGUGACAUCACAUACAGUAUUAUUGAUGGAAAUGAAGAAGGAAAAUUUGACAUUGUAAGUGAUACCGGUGUUAUAUACCUCUUGCGGAAAUUAGACUGGGAGAUGACAGAAACAUAUCAAUUACUUGUAGAGGCAGUUGAUGGAGGAAUGACAGAAAAAACAGGAACUGGUACAAUUAAUGUAGUUGUGCUUGACACAAAUGAUAAUGUGCCAUACUGUGAUCCAAUCGGUUACAAUGUGGUGGUACCAGAAGAUACUUCUAUUGAUUCAUAUGUAAUAACUCCAAAUUGUAUGGACGAUGACUUCGGAAGUGAUUUUGUUUAUACGAUUACCAGUGGUAAUGGGGAUAACUAUUUCCGAAUUGACGAAAACAGUGGUAGCAUCUAUGUAAAUCGCAUGUUGGAUGCUGAAACAAAAACCGUCCACGUCCUAACGAUGAAAAUAUCAGAUGGAGUAAAUGAAGGGUCGGCAGUCAUCACAGUGGCUGUUCAGGGAGUGAACGAAUACCCACCAGUAUAUGAACCAUACUCUGUUUACCAUUGUAAUGUACUUGAGAAUUCCGCUGCUGGAACAUUAGUGAUUACUGUCACUGCAGUAGAUCGAGAUGUAAUGGAUGAUGGAAAAGUAUACUAUGAAAUUACAGAUGGAAAUAUUGAUGGCGUUUUCGAAAUCAAUGACACUGAAGGGUCAAUAUUAGUUAAGAGGACACUAGAUCGGGAAACAAUAGACAAGUACACCCUUGAAAUAACAGCUACAGACCUUGCUAUUCCGGGCAUGGAAUUACAAGCACUUGCUUCAGUUGUUAUCACAGUUGAUGAUGCCAAUGAUCAGCCACCCACUUUCCAACCAGUGUUUUAUGCAGGAACAAUUCUAGAAGAUGCCAUAAUUGGUGCAUUGGUGACUACAAUGACUGUUGUGGACAAUGAUCUUGGCUCACCAAAUACUGACUUCACAAUAAGCAUUGUGUCUGGAGAUGAUUCAAACCAAUUUAGCAUAAGUGGAGAUGAACUUGUUGUGAAUGGUGUCUUAGAUUAUGAAACAACGAAAUCGUAUUAUCUUACUAUUGAAGUUGCAGAUCUUGGAAUACCAGUACUUUCAUCAACUGGGUACAUUGCUGUGACAGUGUUGCCUGUGAAUGAAGCAGUCCCCGAAUUUCAGUUUAAUACAGGUACUUUCUAUGAGAAAGACAUUGACGAAAAUGUUGCAGGACAUACAAGUGUAAUUACUGUUAAUGCUUUGGAACCAGAUCCAAAGGAUGAUCCUGAUCAUGUGCAUAGUCAGAUACGCUACUAUAUCACUGGUGGAAAUGAAGAUGGAAAGUUUUCUAUUGAUACAAGGUCAGGAGUUAUAUAUACUGCGGGAAUUAUUGACAGAGAGGAAACAGACUUUUAUACUUUAGAAGUGACUGCAAUAGAUAGUAUUCCAGAAUUUGGUGAUGAGCUCCAUGACACAGCUCUAGUAAAAAUCACUGUCAAUGAUGUCAAUGACAAUGCACCAGCAUUUGAACCAACGCUGUAUUCUAUUGAAGUAUAUGAAACUGCUGCAAUCGAUUCCACUUUAAUGACUCUGUUUGCUACAGAUAACGACUUGGGUACGAACCAGAAUAUAGAUUACGAUAUUCUCUUUGGCAAUACAGGCGGCGACUUUGACUUUAUUGAUAAUGAGUUGCGUACAAAGAAUGCACUUGCAUGGCACAGAACGGCUUUUUAUCGAUUGGUUAUUCGAGCUGUCGAUGGUGGAGAUCCAUCCUUGUCUGGCUAUGCUCGAAUUACAGUUGAAGUGAAGUCAGUAAAUAAUCAUGCUCCUAAGUUUACGGCCGAUACGGAUACUAUUUCCCUCCCGGAAAAUACAUUAGUUGGGGCCCCUAUCUACACAGCUGCAGCAAGCGAUGAUGAUUACGGCUUCCAUGGCGAAAUUGAAUAUUAUAUAACUGAUGGCACCCAGGGUGAUGACGGGACAUUCCAUAUCAAUAGCCAGACAGGGUUGGUUACACUUGGGUCUAAUCUAGACCGAGAGUAUCGAGACCUGUAUAUUUUGAACAUCACAGCAUUUGACAAGGCUAACAAUGAAACUAUGGUUAAGAGGGACUCAUUUAUCCUCAAUAUCGAAGUAACAGAUAUAAAUGACAAUGAUCCAAUUUGUGAUGUACCUAUAGAUAUAAUCUUCAUUGAGGAAAACCAAGGUCCUGAUGUGCUUAUCACAACUGUUCAUGCAACAGACCCGGAUAUUAAUGAAAAUGCUGAAUUAUCUUAUACUGUUAUAUCUGGUGUUAAUGAGUACGACUUUGUUCUUGAUGAGGUAACACACGGUAUUCGUGCAAUAGAGAGCUUAGACAGAGAGCGUCAUGAUAUAUACAGUAUAAAUAUUAAAGUAUCAGACAAUGGUUUUCCACAACGUACAGCUUUAUGUGCAAUUGAGAUACAUGUGAUUGACAAGAAUGAUAAUGAUCCUCUUAUUACACCAAGCGACGUUCAACUCUCCGUCUAUGAGAACAGUCCUAAACAUACAAGCCUCUUCACGUUUGUUGCGACAGAUCCAGAUGAAGAUCUAAAUGGAGAAACAUUCUUUACUAUCAUAGGCGGAGACGAUAAUGGACAUUUUGGUAUUGGAGAAUAUAGUGGCAGACUAGAAACUAUAGCUGUACUUGACAGAGAAGAAAUAUCCUCGUAUGUUCUUCUGAUUAGAGUAUCGGAUAAAGGUGACCCAGCAAGGACAGGUGAUGCAGUGGUAAAUGUCACAGUCAUUGACGAAAAUGAUAACGGCCCAAUUUGCACUGAUGCAAAUAAUUACUUGACGAAUGUACGAGAAGACAUGGAAGCAGGAAUGCCAGCCAUGGUCAUAAGAAGCAGCGACCCGGAUGAUUAUGUUCUAAGAAACACUGAAAGGACAUACCGAAUAAUGAGUGGAAAUGAUGGUACAUGGGCGAUCGAUGCAGAAAAAGGCAGUAUUUAUCUUCUGGGAGAACUGAACAGACAACAAACAAUUGCCUACUCAUUUGUUAUCCGCAUUGAAGAUGACAAGAACCCAAAUAUGUAUGACGAGUGUACAGCCAGUAUCACGGUUUUAGAAGCAGCAGAAGGAGUUCCAUUGGUUGAUGCUGACGUGGAACUAACAGUUCAAGAAAACGCUGCAAUUGGUACAGUGGUUGGAACGCUUAACUGUUUUACUAUUUGUGGUGGAGAUAUUAUGUAUGAUAUAAUUGGCGGUUCAUAUAUGGAGGAUUUUUAUUUGAGUAUAGACACAGGUAUUUUGUUAGUAGCGGGAGAAAUAGACUAUGAAGAAAUACAACAGUAUGCCUUUUUGGUUCGAACAAUACAAGAUGGUUAUGCAGAAGACUAUGGAGUUGUAGCUAUCAACGUAAUUGACAUGAAUGACCACGCACCUACAUUUAUUAAUACCUCGCCAUAUGCGAGUGGUAUUCGAGAAGAUAGUCCACUGCAAACCACAGUCAUUCAUGUUUCUGCUACUGAUGAAGAUGCCGGUGAAGACAGUAUAAUUACAUAUUCCAUAUCCUCUGUACUAGAUGACAAUGGUCCCAUAGCAAACACGUAUUUCUCAAUCAAUUCUGACACUGGUGUGGUAACAGUUAAAGAGGAACUAGAUAGUGAGCUUUACCGAGAGAUUACAUUUGUAGUGAUAGCAACUGAUUCUGGUUCGCCUGCUGAAACAGCUUCAACGACAGUGACAAUAACUAUUGUUGAUGUUAACGACAAUCCACCAGUAUUCAAUCCACAUUUUUACAGUGGCGAACUAUCUUACUUAAAUUUACUUGGUGAACCGGUCAUACAAGUUCAAGCAACGGAUGCAGAUCUAGACACUGUUGUGCAAUACAGCAUUCAUGAUUCGUCUAGUACCUUCAGUGUCAACCCAGGUACAGGUGACGUGAGUCUGUCCACUGGAGUUAGACCUGCAGUAUACACUAAGUAUGCAUUCACAGUUACAGGAACUGAUGAUGGGAACCCACCAUUAAUUUCAGAGGUUAUCAACGCUAGAAUAGACACUUUCAACCCUUACCUGAACCUAGUUGCCAUACAUUUGACAGGACGAACUAAGCAAGAUAUUUUGGAUGAUGAAGAGAAUUUUCUGGAACCACUGACAACACUUAUUCGAGCAGACUAUCCAACUGGUAGAUGUGGAAUAUCCCAUGUGUUAACUGUUGGUGAUGUAGUGACAGUAUCGGCUAAGCGACGUUUACUCCAGUCAUCGAAUAUUAUAGUUUAUGUGUAUGGAGUAGCUGAUAACACUGCAGAUGUCGAAUCUGGACUAUCAAACACUAAGAACUUUAUAUCUCAACAAUAUUUGUUUGCCGUGUUUUCCGGUAAUGACGAAGGCACUCCGUCAUCCGCAUUGUCAGGGUUGUCGGAUUACCCCAUGAAUUUCAUCGAAAAUGUAACGGAGCCAAUAGAUGAUUGGUGGUUCUCAGCAGCCGGUAUUGCGACAAUUGCGAUAUGCUCGUUACUUGGUUUAGCUGCAUUGAUAGGUUUGAGUGCACUUAUUUACUCAUGUUGCUGUGGAUCGCUAGUCGGAACUGCACUCUGUGCGGGUUUGGGGGACGGACGGGGAUGUUGUGCUGCCUGUUGGCGACGAUUUAUCCUCGCUAUAAAAAGCUGUUGUAGGAACUGUUGUGAAAGCAAACCAAGACCGCCUCCUCCAGAGCCGGAAGCGUCACCAAAACGUAACUGGGGUGCUAACGUUUACAAAGGAUACCAUCGCGAAGAAAUACCAAUAAAGAAGAAAGGUCUUGCGGAGGAAUCUGUGCUUUCCCUUCCAUCGCCGAAGUCUGGCGAUGCUGCCGUAAAAUUCAAAGGCUUGGCUGGCAAGGCUAGAGGGGGUGCUGUUGACGAUGAUAUCGCGAAAAUAAAAGAGCAGCACGAAGCAGACAAGAGACAGUUUAAUAAAGUCCAGGGAGUGAACAAAGCAAGGGCUGAACAAGAUUUACAAGACAAACUUGCCGAGCGUAGAAAUCGUCGUUUCGGUAAUAACGGCGAUGGGGUUCGAAUAUUCAGUCGCGGCACACGUCCAGUGGCACAAGAUUCUGCAUCACUUGGCGUUAACCAGCCUCCUAUUCGGUAUUAUUUCUCUGCUAGACUUGGUCCGGUUGGAGGUGAAUGUUGUGGUCUUGAAACAUGCCAAGAGUGCGGUGCUUUAGAAGAUGCGCAUGCGCAGCGUGUCGUAAAGAAGAAAGCUUACUAUUAUUUACCAGGAUCAACCGCUUUUCCAUCAUAUCGACCUGAUCCACCACCACCAACACCACCACCACCGCCACCAGCACUAGGUGCCCCGGUACCUCCGCCGCCAUAA